GGCCUGACCCCAGCUGCCCGGUGCCCUGCCUCCGCCCCCCUACAAAGUCGGAAGCUGCUGCCGCUGCUAACUCAAUCACCAGCAGCCUCCUAGUGGAAUCUCUACAAGGUCUUAUAUUUUGGAACGGAGGGAGUAGAAGAGAAGAGAUGAGAGAAGGAGGAGGCUGAUGUGCCGGCUAUCUGGGAGGGACGCUGGCUGUCUUGAGGCUCGCUAGCACAGGAGAGAGCAUCUCUCUCUGUCUCUAGCCAAGCGCUCAUGAGUUCCACAUGUUAGCGACAAGGGGUGGGAAUUAGAACAUGGGCAUUUCAGUUUUCCCAUGAGGAGUUGUACAUUGCUAGGAAAGAACCCAGUUAAACAAUUGAGAUGGGGCAUUUUAGCAAUUACCAUAUGAACAAAAUGACAAAUUUGCAUCGCAUCAGUUUUAGUGCAUAUGCGAUGAGGCUACUCACUAUAGAGAAAUAAUCUACUCUUUCCUUCUUGGGCAGCCAGACAUCAUUGUUUGAGGAAUAGACAUACGUAAGUUGGUACUGCGAUAUUUUCCCAUGGGGAAAUUAUGAACUUUUGGCAGCCAAACACAAAUUGGAAUUACAGACCAAUCCCUAUUUCAGAAGCUUUCGAAGUGGGCCCCCAAAUUUGCAAAGACUGUUCAAUUCCAUGAGCAAAAUGGACAUAGGCGGUUUUAGCUUGAGUGGUGUGUUGGCUCAUGAGAUCGGAACACAAUCAUGUUCCCGUCCCAACAUCAAAUCAUUAAUAUCUAUAUAGUUUUAAUAUUUAUUAUAUAUAUGCAAAUGUAUCGCUGUAUCUGUUUUUUUGAAAAAUUGCCGUGUCGUGGUAUCUGUGUCCAUAUAUACCUAUCACUGAAGUUGGGCAACCUAGCCUUGGAGUUGUUAUCAAGACUUCAGGUAGAGAGUACCUCUGUGCUAAAAAAAUCAGUUUUUUGUUUACUUAUCCCUUGCAGAAGUGUAAAGUGUGCGGCAAUUGUUUACAAAUGUCCAUCUUUCGCUAUAUUCUCCCGACAAUAGAAAGUAGAGGCUGGAGAUGCUUUGCUACUGGAAUCCCUUCUGACUCUAUAGCGGAGCUCAAUAAGGAAAUGGAAUCAAUAUUUGGCGAAUCUCCUGCAUCCAGCCCUUUGGGCUCAAAUCCUCCUCAGCAACCUGUCCGGCCCACUCCUGCAGCCAGGGAGACACAACCAGUGCUUACCCAUGUUGAUUGCAGUGGCCAAGCAAAGAUGGUUGAUGUCUCACCAAAACAUGAUAGUGAGAGAGUAGCUAUAGCCAGCUGCAGGGUCUUACUAGGCCAGAAGGCAUUUAACUUGGUGGCAUCGAACCAGAUUGCCAAAGGCGAUGUGCUUACUGUUGCAAAGAUAGCUGGAAUAACUGGUGCAAAGCAAACCAGUAACCUCAUACCUUUGUGCCACAACAUUAAUCUUUCCCAUGUUCGUGUUGAUCUCACUCUCAAUGGAGAGGACUCUAGUGUUGUCAUAGAAGGGGAAGCCACCACUUAUGGGAAGACAGGGGUUGAAAUGGAAGCAAUGACUGCAGUGACCAUUGCCGGACUGACGGUUUAUGACAUGUGCAAAGCAGCUUCAAAGGACAUAUGUAUAACAGAUAUCUGUCUCCAGCACAAAUCUGGGGGAAAGAGUGGGAACUGGUCCAGGAAUUAGAAGCUUCAGUUACUUUUCUGAGGAUAUGAAUACAGGCCUGAAUUCUGACACAAUAAGGUUUUGAUUUGCUUUAAUUGUAUUCUCACUAGAUGUUAAAUAUUUAAUAUUUGAGCCAUCAGAGGAGGUUAUUUUGAA